ACCACCCUUUCCCCUGGUAACCACUAAUCUGUUCUUAGAGUAAUUUUUUAAGUAGUAAAGUCAUCUUGAAUUCCAAACAGUCAGCUUAGAAGCUAACAUUUUCUUUUUCAGAGGGAGGGUGGGGACAGGAGACAGUAUCUCUUGUGUUCUCUUCUCUACACCCAGUGGGCAAUAUAGGGUCUGGGACACAUGAGGGCUCCGUAAAUGUUUGUGGAAUGAAUAACUGCAUACACAAAUGAAUGGACAACUUCUCCCCGACAGAAUGCACACAUGCACACACACAUACACACUUCAUCCUGCAGUUGAGUACCGUCAGUUGGCUCUAAAACUAGAAAGGUAGAAACACUCACAGCCCCUUCUCAGCCCCAUCACCAGCACUCCAGCUCCAGAAACACAACUGUCCAGCCUCAGGAAGACAUCAACAUCCUGGCCUGACGCAGAACUGUGAACUGAUGCUUAGCACUCUUCUGGUCCAGGAGUGGAAGCUAACUUGUGUAAUGUGUCUUUUUCACUAGUCCAGAUGGGCCUGUACUUAUCACUUACUACCCCUUCUUUCCUCCCUCAAGAAUGUUAAAUAGUUAGCUUCCUCUCUGGGUAUACUUGUGCUAAAAUACAUUUCCUCUUUUAUUCAUUCAUUCCAUAUCUAUUCAAUGACAGUCUCCUCUAGGCUGGGCACUGAUGGUUCUUAGAUAUGCAGCGGUGAACAGAAGAGGCACGGUUCCCAUCCCAAAGAGCUUACAGUUAUUGAAAUAAAUGAAAAUGGUGAUUUCUGCUACUCACUUACGUGAACGGUUGACCAGAGAGAAGGAGUUGCUUUCACGUCAGAUCUUAGAGCUGCUCUACUGAGCAAAAGGCCUCUUCUCUUCCAGUGAUUUGCUUUAUCAUCUCGAUAUGGUUCUCCACCUGCAGAAAAAUUAAACUGUCUCUUAUAGAUGUGUGGGCCAAGUUUUUAAAUCUGUUCUUUUCCUGACAGGUGAACUUUAAUGAGCCCUUAUCCAUGCUUCAGCGCCUUACUGAAGAUCUGGAAUACCAUGAGCUGUUAGACCGAGCUGCAAAAUGUGAGAACUCUCUAGAACAGCUCUGUUAUGUUGCAGCUUUCACCGUGUCCUCCUAUUCCACUACUGUCUUCCGUACCAGCAAGCCAUUCAACCCACUCCUUGGGGAGACCUUUGAGCUGGACCGAUUAGAGGAGAAUGGGUACCGAUCCCUCUGUGAGCAGGUGAGUCAUCAUCCCCCUGCUGCCGCGCACCAUGCUGAGUCCAAAAAUGGCUGGACAUUGCGUCAGGAAAUCAAAAUCACCAGCAAGUUUCGAGGCAAAUACCUCUCCAUUAUGCCCCUCGGUAGCAUCCACUGUAUUUUUCAUGCAACUGGGCACCACUACACUUGGAAGAAAGUUACCACAACAGUGCACAACAUUAUCGUGGGCAAGUUAUGGAUAGAUCAGUCUGGUGAAAUUGACAUUGUGAAUCACAAGACAGGAGACAAGUGCAAUCUUAAAUUUGUUCCUUAUAGCUACUUCUCUCGGGAUGUAGCAAGAAAGGUAAGAGAAGUUGGAUUUUAAAUUGUUUUCAUUCAGUGUGUAUCCCUUAGAAAGGCUACUUCUUUGGGGCUGGUGUAGAUAGAGAGAGAGAUCUAUAUCUCCUAAACAUGGCGAUUCAAAAUAGGAAAGGUAAAAGAGAAAGUGAACAAUAUGGCAUUACGAAACCAAAUUCUUUUCUUUUCUGGAAAAGACAACAAGUAUGAAAGUAAAAGUCAGGAGCAAUGAAAGAUUAAAAAUGGGAAACACACAGGAAGGACUAACAAAAGGAUUAUAGGAAGACGGCAUGGGCAGUGUCACCCCUGUGAAGUUUGAGCAGGAGUUAUGUGUUACCACCACAGUGGAAUUGUGCCACGGAUUUCGACAAAAGAGUGAAGAGUAGUUGGGGUUUAAAUUUGUUCGUGGCUCUCUCUGAUUUCUAGAGAGAAGAAAAUACCUUAA